AUGGCGAGCGUUGCAUUGAUUGGAGGCACUGGCAUGGUGGGGAGCCAUAUCCUCACUAGUCUUCUUGCAAACCCUGCCGUCGCUCGAGUGGACACCAUCUCGCGUCGGACUCCCCAGGCUGCUUCCGCCGCGCAAGCGAAGCUGACGACAUUUGUCAACGAUGAUACAUCGCGUUGGGCUAGCCAGCUGUCCUCGCUCACUCCCACACCCUCAAUCUUCAUUUCUUCCUUCGCAACCACUCGUGGCGCGGCGGGUGGGUUUGAAAACCAGUAUAAGAUUGAACAUGGCUUGAACAUUGAGAUGGCACGGGCAGCACGCGACGCAGGAACCAAGGUCUACGUCCUGAUCUCGUCGAGUGGUGCUAGCAAGGCCUCCUCCAUCCCGUACACCCGCAUGAAAGGUGAAAUCGAAGAAGACAUCAAGGAGAUGGGCUUUGACAAGACGGUCAUCCUGCGCCCGGGCCUGAUUGCCGGCACGAGAGAAGAGAGUCGUCCCUUAGAAGCUGCGAUCCGUUACGUUGCCUCUUUUGCGGGCAAAGUGCACUCUAGUCUCAAGAACGGUUGGGCUCAGGAAGCGGAUGACAUUGCCAGAGCUGCGGUGAGUGCCGGUCUGAAGGCGUUGGAAGGUGAUGUUCCCACUGGUAGUGAAAAGGUCUGGGAGUUGAGCGGCAGCGACAUUCUACGGCUCGCAAAGGAGUCCACGAACUAA